UCCAGAGUCUGCACCUGGAAAUAGCUAGCUAAUCCCCCACAACCCGCACCCGAAUCUGCUAGAACUAUAUUUUUUUCAAUCCCAGUACCAAAUAUUCUAUCCUAUUUAGCACUCCCCUUCUUCCUCCUCGUCUCAUCUCAUCUCAUCUCCCCCACCGAACCACAACAUACCACACCAGAAAUCUUGCUAUGAACUCGAUAUUGCUGCAAUGGAACCGCCGAUAGAGGUCUAGCUAGCGGCUGGAAGAUUCGGAUCAGCUUGCCGUAGGGGCCGGAAAACCCGAUUGAGCUAGUUUAAUUAAGAAGGUUCAACACAGAAAAGAAUGGUCCAUCUUUUGCAAUGCAGUGGCAGUAGCCACAUGCCGUUGCCUCUGUUCUUCCUCUCGGUCCUCCUUCUCCUCCCCUCCGUGGAGUCAGCACAUUCAGAUGCCGGGAGGUUGCCACUGAUGUUACUAGAGAUUGGCAGCAGUAAGGAGGAGGAGGGGGGACGCAGAGGGGAGAUGAUGAAGAUGGAGCGGAGGGGCCUGAUCGGAUCAAGGCCACCAAGGUGUGAGAGGGUGUGCAUGUCUUGUGGCCACUGCGAGGCAGUGCAGGUGCCCAUAGUGCCACAAGAUCACAAGCAGAGAGCUGGCCGAGAACACCAUGAUGCGGCGAGUGACAUCGGUGCAGCGAUGCUCGCCGCCUACAGGGUCAAUGGUGGCAUCUCCGACUACAAACCUCUGAGCUGGAAGUGUAGGUGUGGAGGCAUGAUACUUGAUCCAUGAAGUAUUCAACAGUCUCAACUUCUCAGCUCAACAAUCAGGAUCACUUCAAUUGUGCAAAUAUGUAUAGAGAUGCCCUGAAUUUUUUCCCACUUUUUCUUUCUUUUUCUUCUCCUUUUCAAGUUUCCUCCAGACCAGAGGUUCAAGAGGGAGAAUGAGCUGCAAAUUUCUUGUACAUUUAGGAAGCAUUUUUGUCCACAAAAUAUAAUCACUGAAUGUACCAUGA